AUGUGGAGACGGACAUACCUGCUGUUAUUGCUGGUACGAGUGUAUUUUGCGCUCUCCCCAAGUUAUCUCCAUCCAGAUGAGAACUUCCAGGGCCCUGAGGUCUUCGCCGGUCGUACACUCUCGUACCCGUCGAGAUUACCGUGGGAAUUCACAUCGAACAAUCCCAUCCGUAGUGUCUUUCCAUUAUGGCCGGUCUACAACUUGCCCAUGAACCUUUUGAAAUGGUUCUACGCCGAGUUGGAGACAGGGAAUCCGUCUCCGCCGGCGGUAUAUUACUUCUUGAGGGGAGUCAUGUUCUUCUUGAGUUUCGUCCUGGAGGACUGGGCCGUGUAUGAGCUGGUUCCCUUUCCGCGCCAUCGCCGGGCCGCCGUGGUGCUGGUUGCAUCCUCAUAUGUCACCUGGACAUAUCAGACGCACACCUUCUCCAACUCCAUUGAGACGCUGUUGGUCGCAUGGGGUCUGGUGCUGAUUCGUCGCAUCGUUGAGCAAAAGCGACGCUCGUCCAUCUUCUCCUGUGUGAUGCUGUCCUUGAUUGCUGUCGCUGGUGUUUUUAACCGCAUCACUUUUCCAGCAUUCUUGCUAAUUCCUGGGCUUCAAUUACUGCCCCAUUUCUGGCGCAGGCCGAUCUCACUCCUUGUUUUUGCGGUCUUCGGCAUAUUCUUCUGUGGCAUCGCCAUCAUCGUCGACACGCGGUUCUAUCACCCGUCUGCCUCGGUCUGGGAUGCCCUCCAUGCUCCUGUGGUCACGCCUCUCAACAAUCUACGCUAUAAUACGAACACUUCGAACCUGGCUCUCCAUGGACUCCAUCCGCACUACCAACAUUUUCUAGUGAACUUACCGCAGCUCCUCGGGCCCGCCCUUGUUGCAAUGGUUCUGUCGUUUUGGAAUCCUUCGGCCAUCCCUUCUUGGCUGAAGACUACGCAAGCCGUUUCUGCAUUAUCCGGAACCGCAAUGCUCUCGAUCUUUCCGCACCAAGAACCUCGCUUUUUGAUCCCGUGCGUGCCUCUGCUGCUGAGCUGCUUCCGCAUGCGCAAGUCUCGUGUAUUCUUGACAUCGUGGAUCAUUUUCAAUGCCGCGCUGGGUUUCCUCAUGGGCGUCUACCAUCAGGGCGGCGUGGUACCCGUCCAGUUGGCAAUUCCCUCCAUCAUCUCGGCGAAUGUGCCGAAGCAGGAAGAUGUGUCAGGAAAGCAGCCGGGAAUCUCUGCGACCGUGCUAUGGUGGAAAACAUACUCGCCUCCACUGUGGCUGCUGGGAAACAACACCAGCUCCCAGCUGGACAUCGAAACUCGGGAUUUGAUGGGCAUCUCGGGCCCCGAAAUGGCCAGAGAACUCGAAAGCGCAGUGCCAUCCUGUACGGUCAAGCCCGCCAGCGAUACCUCAAAACACGUUUUCGUUGUCGCCCCCAACUCUGCAACCUUCCUCGACCGGUACACGUCUCCAUCUGCAGACCCAUCGGACCUCGAACUCCACGAGCUCUGGUCGUACAGGAAACAUAUCAACCUAGACGAUCUCGACAUCGGCGACGACGGCCUCAUCCCGACGCUGAGGCGCGUGGUCGGCAGACGCGGGUUAAACGUCUGGAUCGCGCGCAGGGCGAGAUGCCCUUGA